UUGUUUAAAGGAGGACACUCGGUAUACUGCAGCCUUCAAAGGACGCGUCCUACCUAGCAUGCAGCCUUCCAAACGAGACACAGCCAUAGUCAAGGCGCUCCUGCGCGAUACCCUGAAAAAACUGCUGGAGGAAGCGGUGCAAAGGUCAAAUACGUAAAUCUAGCGCAUGUUUACAUAGUAAACAAUCCAAAACCUGCGCGAACGGACGCAUAGCGCCUUCGGUGUUUUCCUUAAACUGUUAAAACCUGCAUACGGUUCUUGGUGCAACAUUUUGUUUUUUAGCACAAGUAUACAUUCUGUUUGAACAGCCCCCAAAGGCUAUGGUCUAAUUCAUUAAUAUUAAUUAGGCAAGUUUUCAGGGGCGGGAUCGUCUCAUGAAUAUUAAGAUCCGUGUAUACCCCAUAGUACGAUUCGUUAAUGCGCCGCCUGAAUGUCUGUCACAUCAGCUCCGCAAUACCGGCAGAAGACAACUAGGAAAUUAUAUUAAGUGACAGCUUUAAGAGUGUUUACUGCCAUUUAUUUUCCGGGUUAGAAACAUUCUAUUCCUGUAAUACAGCUGUAUUGUUUCCCUAAUAUAUUUUACUUCAGGAGACAAUGCUUCAGUGUAUAUCGGGAAGUUCUUGUAUACGUGUGGUAGAAGGUUACAAGUCUACGUGGUAUUUUUUGGUCUUGGUGCUGGCGUAUGUGUUAUAUCUGAUAUUCGGGGCUUUGGUGUUCUCCGCGGUGGAACUGCCGUAUGAGGAGCUACUUCGACAAGAGCUAAGGAAUAUAAAACAGCAGUUUCUGCAGGAUAAUGAAUGUGUGUCCGAUGAGAGACUGGAUGAGUUUCUGGCCAGAGCACUAGAGGCGAGUAAUUACGGUGUGUCGGUUCUCAAUAAUGCCACCACUAACUGGAACUGGGAUUUCACAUCAGCGCUGUUCUUCGCCAGCACGGUGCUUUCCACGACAGGGUAUGGUCACACAGUGCCUCUGUCGGAUGGGGGUAAGGCCUUCUGCAUUAUUUACUCAGUGGUGGGCAUCCCAUUCACCCUCCUGUUCCUGACUGCAGUGGUGCAGAGGAUCAUGGAGUUCAGUACACGCAGGCCUUUGGAGUAUCUGCACCGGCGCUGGGGAAUGUCCAAGACUCUGCUGGCAGCCCUGCAUGCUUCCCUGCUGGCCUUUAUUAUCAUCUCCUGCUUCUUCCUCAUACCUGCCAUCAUCUUCACAGUACUGGAAGAGGACUGGAAUUUCUUGGAGUCCUUCUACUUUUGCUUCAUCUCUCUUAGUACCAUUGGCUUGGGUGACUAUGUGCCUGGAGAGGGCUACCACCAGAGGUUCAGAGAACUCUAUAAAUUGGCCAUUACCUUCUACCUGAUAUUGGGCUUGAUCGCUAUAUUAGUUGUUCUGGAAACCUUCUGUGAACUUCAGCAGCUGAAGAAGCUCAGGAAGAUGUUCUACACGAGGAAACAGAAAACAGAGGACCAACUUAACAUUGUGGACCAUGAUCACCUCUCCUUUGCCUCUGUGUCUAACCAGGCAUCCUCAUUUAGAGAGGAUAAGACUGAUGUAUUUCCGGAAGCCUCACCCACUGCUACCCCUAGUGGACCAAAGUAACGAUGAGGAUGUGUGAGCAUCCUGUGUCUAGAAUCCUUUGAGGCAUGACACACUAAUAAUAUUUCUGAUUAUAUAUCUACUAAGAGCAUAAAUGUAUCGUAGUUAUACUCUGCUGUCAAGUCCGCUGAAAAGAUAGAUCACUGUAGAUAUGGAUCCUUGAAAUAAAGACUGAAGUUACUUUAUUGAGGAAAACCUGUAUGAAUGUUUAGAAAACAAAAAUAUGUCCAUGCAGAUACUGAAAAAUGUGAUGUGACCACAGCUGAAUUCUGUGUGUGUAUGUGUAACUGAUAAAUCCAUCCAUGAUUUCUGAAACUAAAUAGUUAAGGGGUAAGUGGUCACAUACUAGCUUUACAUAUUCCGUGGCGAAUAAGGAAUGAACAUCCUGUAUUAUAGUUUUCAGUUGUAUUAACGCAGAUCAUGUUUUCAAGUUACCAAGUGUAUGAAUAUUACUUACUCAUUGCCAAACGAUGAGAUUUUUAGAAUACACAGGGGCAGGUCCCAGGUGACAUUAUUUUGAAAUGUACGUUCCUGUUAUUGCCUAAGUACCUCAUAAAGGGAAUUUAAAAAUAAAUAUAAUUUCUAAAAUUUUGUUAAGGGAUUUAGACAAUCAAAAAUGAUAUAAAUUAUCAUAUUAUUUAUCUUUGCCUUUACAAGCCAUUUGGUUCUUCUGAAGCUGUGCUGCUUAUUGCAAUAAGCCUUGUCCACCAGCUGGGGAUGAUGUUGUGCAUUGAGUGCCACUACUGUUGUGUUGUAGGCAAAGCAAGGAAUGCAAGUCACAAUAGUGAAUCUGAAUGUUUUUAAAGAUCUACUGGGCAUAUUACUGAAAGAAAAGGAAUUAUAUCUUAUAUAUAUAGUUCUUGGUUUUAUUUUAUUGUUAAUUGUAUUGCAUAUGAAAGCCAUGCAUUUGUUGGAUGUUUUCAGAUGUACUUUAACAAAUCAGAAUAAACUGGAGAUUUUUGUUUUAAGAGAUUUUGUGAUGC